GAGAGUUGUAAGCCGCCGCCCUCUUCGUACCGAUUUUCCAAGCGUCGAAUGAAUUAUUCUCUCAUUUCAGCGCUGGGCGUGCUAAGCCUGAGCGUCAUUCGGUUUGGUCAAGGCAUGCGAGACGCGACGACUAGGCAUAAUAGACCCUGGGUUAUUCAAGGACCAAUGUCUUUCACUAACGUUAACGGUUAUACUAACCGACGGACGUCAGUGUUUUUUGCCCUUCUCGGGCUGAUGACGCUGCCACUGUUGCAAAUCGGUUCAUCGCCCUCAGGCAUCCGAGUUCGUACUUAAACUGGCGGUGAUGGACUUCACUUAGACUAUCUUCAUGUUGGCCUUUUUCUUGGUUCUCUGCUACGCCUCCUUGGCGCUCUCUCUGCCUGAGGUUCAACUGGGUACAACGAAGCUUGUAGGGAGUGACCUAUCGCUCUCGCAGCUAGAGUUCUUUGGCGGGAUUCCAUAUGCUGAACCACCUCUUGGAGCGUUGCGUUUGCAGCCUCCCGUGCUGAAAGCUGAUCUCGGAGUUGAAACCUUCAAUGCCAGUGAGUUCGGUCUGGCUUGCCUCCAGGCUGGCUUGCCUAUCGACACAAUCUCGGAAGACUGCUUGACCAUUAAUGUUUUGCGACCAUCUGGGACAUCCCAUAACGCUUCGCUGCCAGUGUUAUUUUGGGCCCACGGUGGUGGUUAUUUUGAAGGCUCAGCUUCUCUCUAUGAUGGCAGUGCAAUUGUGGCCCAAAGUGUCCUAAGAGGCACACCCGUUAUUUACGUCAAUUUCAAUUAUCGUCUGGGGCCUCUCGGAUUUCCUCAGGGAAAGGAAGCCGCGGACAGGGAAAACCUAAAUCUUGGGAUCAAAGAUCAGCUUGCAGCACUAGAAUGGGUCCAACAUAAUAUCGGUGCAUUCGGUGGCGACAAGAACAAGGUGACUGUUUUCGGAGAGAGUGGAGGGGCUAGUAUGACAUCUAUUCUCUUCCUACAUCCGUCAAUUUCGGACCUGGCAUGGGCGGGGAUCUUCCAGUCCGGGACUGCAAGCAUCCCCGCCGCAUUCAAUGCUACUGCUCGAGAAGAUCGAGAAGAUGCAUGGAAUAAUUUCGUCACCGCCAUACCGGAGUGCAGUAGCUACGUCGGAACAUCUCUAACGUUUCCCUGCGUGCAAAAUGCGAGCUCUUCUGAAGUCUACGAAGGAUUUUUACAGGCGUAUUCUAAGGCAACGGAGGUGAUACCUUUUUGUCCUACUCUCGAUGGGCCUUCAGGUCUCUUUCCUGACUUGCCUUCGCGCCUGCUCCCCACGGGGCAGUUCGCGCGUUUACCGUUCAUCGCUGGUACAAAUUUAGAUGAAGGAACCAUGUUCAGCUCACUGACGCAGGACUAUACCGAAGAAGUGAUUCGCUCAACAGUGAAUACAAGCUACGCGCCCCCUGCUGUCCCGACAGAUGUCAUGGAUGAACUGAUGGAUCUGUAUCCGGACGAUCCAGCAGACGGGUCUCCGUAUAAUACAGGAAACGAGACCUUCGGCUUGUCUCCUGGCUUUAAGAGGAUAUCUGCAAUCUUGGGCGACCUGGUAUUCGACUCCCACAGACGCUUCUGGAGCCAAACGACCGCGGAUGUGGGCGUAAAGUCGUAUGCUUAUAGAUUCACGCAACGGCUUUCCUCUAUGCCGGCUUACCUCGGGGUGCCCCAUGGGGGAGAGCUUCCAUUCGUCUUCGGCGAGGUAGCAGAUAUGAAUGAAACAGCGUCAGUAGUUGCCCUGAGUACUGUGAUGAUUGACUAUUGGUUGUCAUUCGCAACGAGUCUGGAUCCCAACGACGGCUUCGGCUCGCAGCGCCCAACAUGGGCUCAGUAUACUGUUAGCGAUCAGGCGCUGCUACAAAUUAGUGCCGACAACUUGACGAUGGUACCCGAUGAUUUUAACAAGGAGAAGAUAGACUUCAUCAUUAGCCAGAACGUCGCUUUCCGAUAUCGUUAGGGGGCCAAUAGAUAUGUAACUAUUUCCUUUUAAACAUUGUUCAAUGCCUAAGCUGUCUUUCCGUUAUUU